UGACGCAAUCUGCUGCCGGACUCCCGGAGCUCAGGAGCUGCUAGCGACCCAGUGAGCUUCUGCCGUCCGGCCUGGGAGCUCUGAGCCCCGGGGAAGCGAGCUGGAUCUGCCCGGCAUGAGAGCGAUGCGUCCCGGGAGGCUGCCUGAUCUCUGUCCGGCCGGAGAGCGCUGAGCCCCGGGGAGCCAGCCGGUCUUAGCCCGCCAGGGAGCGCUGAGCCCCGGGGAGGAGGGAGGCUGAGCGCCGCCAUGGCGACCGGAACCGGGAGCGCAGGUAACGGGCUGGGCGGCGUUCCGGGGAGCUCCGCGGGACCGGAACCGGGCGCGGGACCGGAGGCGGACGGAGAGCAGCUGGAGGAGCAGGAGUUCAGCACCGAGGUGGUCUUCAGCGGCUCGGACCAGGACUCCGACUCCGGGGACGAGGAGGACGCGGCGGGAUCCUGCGGGGACCGGAGAGGCGUGAAGCGGGAGAGGAGGGAGGACGGCCGGUCCGCGCAGGCCUCCCGGGGCCCCCACCGGGGCCCCCACCGGGCCCCCGGCGCGGGGAGCCCCGCGGUGUCUGGCGCUAAACCCGGGAAGAAGACCCGAGGCCGGGUCAAGAUCAAGAUGGAGUUCAUCGACAACAAGCUGAGGCGGUACACCACCUUCAGCAAGAGGAAGACGGGCAUCAUGAAGAAGGCCUAUGAGCUGUCCACGCUCACGGGGACGCAGGUGCUGCUGCUGGUCGCCAGUGAGACGGGCCACGUUUACACAUUCGCCACCAGGAAGCUGCAGCCCAUGAUCACGUCAGAGACGGGGAAGGCUCUGAUCCAGACCUGCCUGAACUCUCCGGACUCGCCCCCCCGCUCCGACCCGUCCACCGACCAACGGAUGAGCGCCACGGGCUUUGAGGAGACCGACCUCACCUACCAGGUGGCGGAGACCGACAGCAGCCCGGAGAGUUCAAAGGACCUGGCCAAGCCCACCUUUACCUUUCCGGUGUCCGUGCAGCCGCAGCCCGCCUCCUCCUCUUUACCCCUGCAGGUGCAGACCAGCGCCCCCCCAUGGCAGCCGCCCGCCUCCUCCAGCAACGGGGCGGUGCUGAAGACCUCAGCAGGUGUGGUUCUUCCUGGAGGCAUCACCUUGAUGUCAGGUGCCCAGCUGCCCCCCGGCACACACACCAUCCCCCUCAGCCAGCUGCAGGGCCAACCUGUGACCAUCCAGGGCCCCAGGGCGGCCCCCGCCGCCACUCUCCAGGCUCCGCCCACACAACCGGCCACGCUGCUCCGCCUCCCGGCCACCGUGUCGCUGACAGGAACUGGAGUCUCUCAGCAGCUGCAGACUAUCCAGGUUCAACCCAGCUCUCAGCAGACGUCCAAUCAGAGCAGCUCAGAGACACGUAGUCCCGCCUCCUCGUCCUCCACAGCCAGUCUUCCCGUCACCAUCGUCACCUCCUCUUCCUCCUCCCCUUCCUCCGUAGCAGGUCACAUGAUGUACCCCGGUGGUCACACGGUGAUGUACGCCACGCCCACGCCCUCUCUGGCUGACCGCAGCCUGGCCGUCCUCAACACCUUCCCCCCCGCCCACAACCAGUCACAUGACCCAGGUGCGCUCCAGCAGGUCUUCCUCACAUCUCUUCCUCCCGUCGCUGGUCAGAUUCCAGUUUCUGCCGUCCAGCUGCACCCGAUGGUGAUCAGCCAGCCCAGCAGCAGCAGCCUGACGGAGCUGCAGGUCGUCAGUCUGGACGUCCACCAAUCCAAAGAUGAUUGACGGUCACAUGACCUUCCCUCCGCAGCCGUUGCCGCUCUGCUGAGAUGUUCUGUGGCGCGUCGUCGUCUCUUGAUGCUCCAGACAAUUUGAAACGGAAGCAAUCCUUUCGAUCGGACCAGUAGUCACAUGACAGGAAAGUUUCAAAAUAAAAGCCUCGGCAGCGGUAGCUGGCUCCGAGGUUCACAGACCUGAACUUUAUUCACACACCUGGAACCAGCUGGAGUCCAGUUCAGAUGGGAAGUGGUUCAGUGACUGACCCAGUGUUGGUUCCUGAGGAUUUAACAGCUGAGUGUGGAAGAACCGCCACUUUCCUGUUUGGUCACAUGACUCGUGACGCAGCAGAAUGGACCAAUCAUCAGUGGCUGGUUCUGAAGGUGCGUCUCCCAGCUGAUUGAGUCCUGAAAGGUUCUGACCCGUGCAGCCGAUCAGCAUUAUAUGAAGACUUGAUACUGGAAGGAAGGAAUGUUUUAUCCGGUUCUGAAGGUUCUUGAUGUUCUUCACCGGGUUCUGAUCUAUUGGAACCUGGAGCUGAGUUAUUGCAGCUUGGGUUGCAGGAAACGGACACUUCAGACUUAAUUAACAAAUGUCAAAACUUGAUCAGCUUAACGUUCAUCUAAGGCCUCGUGCCAUUCGACCCAAAUAGAAACUGCUGCUAUUGGUCCCCCCCCACAACUAGAGACUGCCCUCUGUAGUGAGCACACCUGGAUCUACUAGGACCUCAGGAACCACUGGACCCCUGCAGGUGCCCCCAACCCUCCUUGUAACCCACCACCAGUUAUAGCCCCCCCCCCCACACACACACACACACACACAGUGAGCCAAGUGAGACACUGGACCCACUGGUGCUGGGGGGGGGGGGGGUACACUGGACCCAUCGCAACCCAAGUGCAGAACUCACAUGCUGCCCCCGGUGAAUACAGUCCUCGGCCUGUACUUUAAGUUUAUUCAAACCUGAGAAAUGUCCCAUAAAUUACAACAAUUUUCAUCUUUUUUAUUUUACUGAUAUUCCAUCCAUCCAUCCAUCCAUCUGUUCAUCCGUCAUCCAUCUGUUCAUCCAUCCAUCCAUCCA